UAAUAUAUAUGCUUAUAUACAUACAUAAAUGUGUGCAUACAACAGAAUAAAGUGCGUACAUAAAAAUAAUGUACAGUACGCAUAUCAACAUACGCACAUCACAUAUCAACAUGAGAAUACGACAGAAUUCCCGCCAAAUUCUUCCCGUCUGUUUGUAUGAAAGCCAAUAGUGAAUGAAGUGAAAUUUUGUGCAGACAAAUUGAUUCUAUCAAUAAUUAAAGAAUGGAUGCUGGUGAUGCAAAUACUGCUCGUAUACGUGUACCUGACGAAGUUGGAAUUAAAUGUCAAAAGUUAUUUCAAGAUUUCCUUGAAGAAUUUAAAGAAGAUGGAAUUGUAAAAUAUCUUGAACCAGCAAAAGAGCUUGUAAGUCCAGAACAUUGUACGUUAGAAGUGACUUUUGAUGAUGUAGAUGAAUACAAUCAAGUACUUUCAACAACUAUAGUGGAAGAGUAUUACAGGGUUUAUCCAUAUCUAUGUCAAGCAGUAUAUAAUUUUGUCAAAGAUGUAACAGAAUUAAGAAAAGAGAAAGAAUGUUAUGUAAGUUUUGUAGAAGUACCAACCAGACAAAAAUUAAGGGAAUUAAAUGCAUCAAAAUUAGGAACAUUGAUACGUAUAUCUGGACAAGUAAUACGAACACAUCCUGUCCAUCCAGAAUUAGUACUUGGUACAUUUAUUUGCAUGGAUUGCAAUGCAGUUAUCAAAAAUGUAGAACAACAGUUCAAGUUUACAAAUCCAACGAUUUGCCACAAUCCAGUUUGCAGUAACAGGCGACGUUUUAUGCUAGAUGUGGACAAUUCAAUAUUUGUAGAUUUUCAAAAGAUCAGAGUACAGGAAACCCAAGCAGAAUUACCUAAGGGUUGCAUUCCACGCUCACUUGAAAUAAUUCUAAGAUCAGAAGCAGUAGAAACAAUACAAGCAGGAGAUAGGUAUGACUUUACAGGCACUAUGAUAGUUGUGCCAGAUGUGGGAGUUCUUUCCCUACCAGGUAUAAAAGCAGAUAGUAGUUCGAGACGCCAAAAGCCUGCUGAACAGGGAGAAGGUGUAACAGGCUUGAAAGCACUGGGAACUAGAGAAUUGACAUAUAAAACUGCGUUUCUGGCCUGCAGCGUUACACCUACAAGUUUCAGGUUUGGCGGAACGGAGACAAACAUGGAAGAAAUAUCGCAAGAAAUGAUGAAGAAACGAAUGACCGAAGCGGAAUGGAAUCGUAUAUAUGAAAUGAGUCGCGAUAAAAAUCUUUAUCAGAAUCUCGUUAAUAGUUUAUUUUCUUCGAUACACGGUAACGAUGAAGUUAAAAAGGGGAUUACUCUAAUGCUUUUUGGUGGAGUUGCCAAAACAACAUUAGAAGGCACUUCAUUGCGAGGAGAUGUAAAUUGUUGUAUUGUUGGCGACCCUAGUACAGCAAAAUCUCAAUUCUUGAAGAGUGUUGCAGAAAUUACUCCUAGAGCAAUUUACACUUCGGGAAAAGCGUCUACAGCAGCUGGUUUAACUGCUGCUGUAGUAAGAGACGAAGAAUCUCCAGAUUUUGUUAUAGAAGCAGGUGCUUUGAUGCUUGCAGAUCAAGGUAUUUGUUGUAUAGAUGAAUUUGAUAAAAUGGAUCCUAAGGAUCAGGUAGCUAUACACGAAGCUAUGGAACAACAAACAAUUUCGAUAGCCAAGGCUGGUGUGAGAGCCACUCUAAAUGCUCGAACAUCAAUAUUAGCAGCGGCUAAUCCCGUUGGUGGGCGGUAUGAUAGAAAAAAAUCUUUACAACAAAAUGUUCAAUUAACAGCCCCUAUCAUGUCUAGAUUUGAUUUAUUCUUUAUAAUAGUUGAUGAAUGCAAUGAAGUUGUAGAUAACGCGAUAGCAAAAAGAAUAAUAGAUUUGCAUUGUGAUAAUUGGCAAGAUUUUGAGACUGUAUACUCGCAAUCAGAGAUUGUGAGAUAUAUUAAUUUUGCUAAACACUUCAAACCUAUAUUAAACCAGGAAGCUGCAGACUUCUUAAUUGAUAGUUACACAACACUUAGACAAAAAACUGGUAGUGGUUCUGGAAAAUGGAAAGUUACUGUCCGACAGUUAGAGAGCCUUAUCAGAUUAUCAGAAGCUAUGGCUAAAUUAGAAUGCUCAGAUGAAGUUACUGUAAGACACGUUAGAGAAGCGAAACGUUUGCUAAGCAAAAGUAUUGUUACUGUUGAACAACCAGACAUAGAUUUAGAAGAAGCUGAAGAUGGAAAUCUGGAUGUCAAUAUGGAUGAUGCUCCACCACUUAUGGCUGCUCUAAAUGCAAUAGAUAAUACUGAUGAUAACGCAAUUGAUACACAACAAACACAAGAAGUACAGAAGAAAAAGUUAACAAUGUCUUUCGAAGAGUAUAAGAGCUUAUCCAACAUGUUAAUAUUGUACAUGAGAAACGAAGAAACUCGAGCUGAAACAUUUCCUACAGACGAAAACAAAGGUGGAUUAAGAAAAACAGAAUUAGUAGCUUGGUACCUUGAUCAAAUACAAGAUCAGAUAGAUUCAGAAGAAGAAUUAUUAGAAAGGAAGAACUUCAUUGAAAAAAUUAUUGAUAGACUAACAUAUCAUGAUCAAAUUAUAAUACCUCUGCAUACAACUGGACUUGGACGAAAAGAUAAGGGUGAAGAAGAUGAAGAUGAUCCUUUGCUUGUUGUACAUCCUAAUUAUAUUAUUGAUGUUUAAUUUACAUUUUAAAAAUAGCUAAUGAAGGCAGAUUUUGAAAAUCUCAAUACUAUUUUACUUAGAGGACGAUCAAUAUUUUUUAUGUAACAAUCUGUAAUUAUAUUCAUCAAAUUACAUCAUUCAUGAAAUUAAAGCGAUGCAGUUCUAAAUUAAAUGUUCUACAAUUGAAUUUUGACAAAUUUUUACUGUUAAUAAGUCGAGAAUAUGUUAUCAUUAGAUUUGUACUUUUUAAAAUAAAUAUUGUCGACAUAUAA